AUGAUACUUCGUCUAUUUGGUAUAUGGCCAGGUGUAUCUUACGGUCCACUCUGCAAGAUAUUCUGGCUGAUCGUAAUGAUAACCAAUACGACUUUACAAUUCAUGUUUCUUUUCCUGCAUGCGCGCUCCAUCAACUUCACCGUUUUCAUGUACGCGUUCGCCGCAACUCUGGCGUUGAGCAUGAAGCUCAUCAAACUAAGUAUUUUCUGGUGCAAUCAGCGAAGAUUCGACGAACUGUGGAGAACGAUAUCGAUGAAUUGGGAGCACAGCGGUGCCUUUGCGAGCGCAGUUAAUAUAACCGGCAAAAGACACAUGUUGCAUUUCUUGCCCAACUUCAUCGUGAUGUUCAAUUCGUUGUCGGUAAUAAUGACGUCCUACAACGCCCUCAAGACCGGAAUUCAUUUCGACGAAGCUUCCAAUGCAACGCGGCCGUACGUUCUGUUCAUGCAUCUUCCAUUCGACGUUAAUAGACAAUCCGUCUAUUUACUCGUGAUAUUUUUGCAAUUUUUCUACUUGUUGAUUUCAUCCGCCGGUGCCGCCACUAUUAAUUCGGUUCUAAUCAUUUUGAUGCUGUACUUGGGAGAUCAGAUCGAUAUCAUUUGUAGAUGCUUGACAAAGAUGCCGCUGGAAGAGAAUAUGCGCAAAGCAAAUGUGACUAUUGUGAAAGAAAUAAUCCGGAAACAUCAAAGUGUCAUUGCCUUUUCGGAAAAUGUCGAAGCUAUUUAUACGUACAUCGCGUUGAUAUUACUCGUGCUUAAUACCUUAAUCACCUGCGGCUUGGGUUUCAUACUUGUCACGUCAAUCGGAUCGCCCGACUUCUCUAAGAUGGUGAAGAAGAACCUAAUGUUCUAUUCCGCGAUUAACAUUGAGACAUUCGUGUUUUGCUUCGCCGGGGAAUAUCUUAGUGCCAAGAGCAGAGAAAUCGGCGAGGCUGCGUACAGUUCGCCCUGGUAUCAGUCCAAGUUCCACUGUAACGCCGUUUUAUUCAUGAUAAUGAGAUCGCAGAAUCAGCUGACGAUCACAAUGGGAAAAUUUACUAGUCUCUCGUUGGAGCUUUUUUCCAAUAUUUUGAAAACUUCAGGGUCCUACGUAUCGGUAUUGUUGGCGAUGUAUUGA